AUGGAUUCCGACGAGGACUUCCAGUCCACUGUGAGCAGUGACGACGAUGCCAUGCAAGACACCGACAACGAUGAGAUGUCCGGGGUCGAAGAUUUUGACGCCUUCGACGACGAACCAGAUGAGGAACCUGACUUGGGACCUAACAAGAUCCAAAGGAAGCGGAUUGCGUACGACAUCAGUUUCAAGGUCUACAGCCCCACCGACAUCCAAGCCCACCAGGACGAGAUGAUGGACGAAGUAAAUAUGAUUCUCGAGAUGCGGAAAGAGGACGCAGCCAUAUUGUUACGUCACUUCCGAUGGAAUAAGGAACGCUUGAUGGAGGAUUACAUGGACAAGCCCUCCAAGGUGCUGGAGGCUGCCGGGCUGGGCUCCAGCACGAUCAACCCUCCGCGCCUUGAAUUUAUCCCCGGAUUUACGUGCGACAUAUGUUACGAGGAUGAUGAUGGGCUGGAGAGCUUCGCCAUGAAAUGCGGCCAUCGAUACUGCGUUAACUGCUACCGACAAUAUUUGACCCAGAAGAUUCGGGAAGAAGGCGAAGCAGCUCGGAUUCAGUGUCCUUCCGAAGGCUGUGGGAGGAUCAUGGACGCUCGAUCACUCGACUUGCUCGUCACGCCGGACCUUGCGGACCGAUACCAAGAGCUGCUAAAUCGAACGUACGUCGAGGACAAGGAGAUUCUCAAAUGGUGCCCAGCGCCGGACUGCGAGAACGCCAUCGAGUGCGCCAUCAAGAAGAAGGACCUCGACAAGGUCGUACCGACGGUAGCAUGUCGAUGUGGCCACCGCUUCUGCUUUGGCUGCAUCCUGAACGACCACCAGCCGGCGCCUUGCGAGCUGGUCAAGCGCUGGCUAAAGAAGUGCGCAGACGAUAGCGAGACGGCCAACUGGAUUUCUGCCAAUACCAAGGAGUGUCCUAAGUGCAACUCCACUAUUGAGAAAAACGGCGGCUGCAACCAUAUGACGUGCCGCAAGUGCAAGCAUGAGUUUUGCUGGAUGUGCAUGGGGCUGUGGUCGGAACACGGUACCAGCUGGUACAACUGUAACCGAUUCGAGGAGAAGAGCGGCACCGACGCUCGAGAUGCCCAGGCCAAAUCUCGAGUCUCUUUGGAGCGCUAUUUGCAUUACUACAAUCGGUACGCCAACCACGAACAGUCGGCUCGACUGGAUAAGGACAUAUACACCAAGACGGAGAAGAAGAUGGUACAACUGCAGACGGCGUCAGGCAUGUCGUGGAUUGAAGUGCAGUACCUUAACGCGGCCUCGCAAGCUCUCCAGACAUGUCGCCAGACAUUGAAGUGGACGUACGCCUUUGCUUUUUACCUCGCCCGAAACAAUUUGACGGAAAUUUUUGAGGAUAACCAGAAGGACUUGGAAUUAUCCGUGGAAGCCCUCUCCGAGAUGUUCGAGAAGCCGAUUGCGGAGCUCUCGGAUCCCAAGUUGAAGGUGGAUAUCAUGGACAAAACAUCCUACUGCAACAAGCGACGAGUUAUUCUGCUCGAGGACACUGCAGAGAACCUCGCUAACGGCCGUUGGACCUUUAACGUGGAUCUCAAGAGCUUGGCUCCUGUGUCGAGCGGACGCAAGUAG